CUUCAUUUAGUUGGUAACUUACCUACUAAAUUUAAAAUGACGUAACUCGACGAAAUAUUGAAAAGUCACCUGCCUGUUUAAAACUACGACGAGUCUAAUCGUAUGACUCACUCAUAGACACAAAUUAUAAACGACUUUAUUCCAUCACAAUAAAGUUUAUAUACAAUAGUCGUUGAUUUUCCUACACUGGCGUUAUGUUAAAACCGUGUUAAAAUGACAUCAUUGUAGAGAAGUUUAUAGUGACAUAAGUCUUUUUAAAACUACUAAGGUUUAUAAUCGUUCACUUGAGUUUAUACUAUAGUAUAGAGUUAGUAGAAAAAAAACUGUCGGACGAUAUGAUAGCGUCUAUAUCAGUUCCAAGGUUAUUUUAGUUAAUGAAAAAUUUGCGUUUGAUUUUGGACUUAAAUUCUAAUGUGUUUUGGUUUAAAUUCGAGUUGCUUGUCGAAUUGUUUAUAAGUUUGUGCGUCUGAACUUGUAUGGGAGAUGUCGCAUUGCUGGCCAUGUCUCCUCAUCACGCCACUCGUACUAAUCGGCCUAGUCUCAUUCUACUUCGUCUAUGUGUUCUACCUGAAGAGUCCACCUCCCCUACCAAGCUUUGAUCUUGAGGAGUGGUGGGGACCGACGAGGUCAAGGGUGCAGGAUACCAGUAUCAGGCCGUUUACGAUUCGUUUUGAAGAUGCGAUGAUAAAAGACCUUAAGCACCGUCUCAAGAACCACCGCCCCUGGACCCCUGGUCUCCAAGGCGUCGGGUUCCAAUACGGAUUCAACCAUGAUCAGUUGCCAGGCUGGAUAAACUACUGGGCAGAACAGUACAAUUUUACUGAACGGGAGAAGUUUUUGAAUCAGUUCCCGCAAUACAAAACCAAUAUACAAGGGCUGGAUGUACACUUCAUCAGAGUUAAGCCUAAGGUUCCGGAUGGCACAGAGACAGUUCCAAUGCUGUUGAUGCACGGCUGGCCAGGGUCGGUGCGUGAGUUCUACGAGGCGCUGCCUCUCCUGACGGCCGUCAGCAAGGACCGGGACUUCGCCAUCGAAGCCAUCAUACCCAGCUUGCCCGGUUAUGGCUUUUCUGACGCUUCAGUAAGACCAGGGCUAGGAGCAGCUCAGGUCGCUAUAGUGCUGCGUAACCUGAUGAGGAGGCUGGGUUUCAAGACCUUCUACAUCCAGGGCGGGGAUUGGGGCUCCUUCAUCGGAGCGGAGAUGGCCACUAUUUUUCCCGAGGAAAUUCUGGGCUUCCACAACAACCUGCCAGUAGCCUCAUCGUCUAAAGCCAAUCUGCUGACACUCCUUGGCUCCUUGUACCCUCCUCUGAUCGUGGACUCCCAUCUCCAGGACCGCAUGUAUCCCCUUUCUAAAGCAAUUGCGUAUCAGCUUCAGGAGUUUGGGUACUCGCAUAUACAGGCAACGAAGCCCGAUACUUUGGGAGUAGGCCUCUCGGACUCACCCACUGGCCUGCUCGUCUACAUCCUCGAGAAGUUCUCCACCUGGACUCUUACCGAGUACCGCGACGAGGCCGACGGCGGCCUCGGCAUGUGGGACAAGGAUAAACUGCUGGAUAAUAUCAUGCUGUACUGGUCCAGUGGGUGCAUCACGAGCUCGAUGAGGUUCUAUGCUGAGAACAAUAAUGUUACCUAUUGGUCUUUGGGGCUUAGCGAAAUCCCCACACCGGUGCCCAUGUGGGGUCUGCAGGCUAAGAACGAGCUCGCCUUCCAACCACCUGCCCUCCUGAGAUUCAAAUAUCCCAACUUAGUGCGGACUAAUCCGCUUGAGGUCGGAGGUCACUUCAUCGCCUUGGAGUUACCGGAGCUGUUCGCGAAAGAUGUCCUCAGUGCGGUGGCUGAAUUCCGAUCAUUGAGAUUAGCGCAUCUUUCCAAACAUGAACUGUAAACUACUGGCUUAGGGCCACUUGCGCGAUCCAGAGUUAGCCACUAACUUCGGAGUUAACAGUACAAUUUAACCCUAUGUUAACGGUUGACUCAGAGUCAGUUGGCUAACCCUGGAUCGCGCAAAUUACCUUUAAAAAUGUAUUAAAGAUGUUUGCCAAACUUA